GUCUCUUCUCUGUGAACUAUCCUUCGUUUCUAGGUUUGUUGAGAGAGGAUUUCAUUAAGCUUCUUUACUCAUGAUGGGGUGGCAGAGGCAUUUACAGUCCUUACUUUGUCACAUUGGCAGAAGAGAGGCCCAAAUUGAGAGUGCAUCCUUAAAUUUAUCUAGUGCCCGUAAAAUUUCCUCUUAUUUACUAGGUGAAUUUCCAUAUCAACCGAGAAAGUUACCAUACACAAAUAUUCCAAGACCUCUUCAUCAAUAUUUACAACAGUUGGGCAUCUCAAGUUCGAGGAAAUUACUUGCAGAUUCAUCAUCUGAUAUAACACCCAUUUCUUCUCCAUUGAUACCCAUUUCAGCACCAAACAGUGAAAAAACUGAAACCCAGGCUGUUGUGUCCAAACCUUCAAAAGUUCAAGCAGUUUUAAAGGGCAUUAAACAGAGUCCCAAGAAAGUCAAUUUGGUGGCUGCAUUGGUUCGUGGCAUGCGUGUUGAGGAUGCAUUGUUGCAGUUGCAAGUAACAGUAAAACGUGCUGUGAAGACUGUCUAUCAGGUUAUUCACUCAGCCCGUGCAAAUGCAACCCAUAAUCAUGGGCUGGAUCCAGAUCGUCUUCUCGUUGCGGAGGCAUUUGUUGGGAAGGGAUUCUUUAAAAAGAGAGUGUCAUACCAUUCAAAAGGGAGAUCUGGAAUUAAAGUCAGACCAGAAUGCAGGUUGACAGUGGUAGUGAGGGAGAUGACCCCUGAAGAGGAGGCUGAGAUAGCCAGACUGAGAGUCAGCAAUUUCCGCAAACUCUCGAAGAGGGAAAGUCGGCUUGUACCACAUAAACUUAUUGAGACCACUCCAAUAUGGAACCGCAAAAGCAAAGCUGGUAAACCAAGUGUUAUGGCUUGAGCAGGGGGGGGGGGGGGUUGUUACCCUUUCCGAGUUUUAUGUCGAUUAUAAAAGAAUGUCUU